UAUUUCUCUUCCUCGGUCACUACGUCUAGCCUAUCGCUCCCUUCCCAAUCCCCACGCCAUGGCCUUAACCCUAACCAAGCUCCUUCUCUUCUCAUUCCUUAUUUCUUCCGUCGUACUCGCCACGAAAUCCGAACUCCUAACCUCUAAGCGCGAGAAGCUCACUCGCUUCCACCUCUACGUGCAGGUAAAAACCACCGGGAGCAACGCCACCGUCACAAUCGUAGCCCAGGCAUCAACAACCAACCAGUCCGCCACGUCAUUUGGUCUAGUAGACGUUUUUGACAAUGCGUUGACCGCGGGCCACGAGAUGAGCUCGAAGAACGUGGGUAGGGUACAGGGCAUGGAGGCGUUCGCAUCCCAAAGCGAGGUGGCCUUGUCGACAUUCCAGAACUUCGUGUUCACGGAGGGGAAGUACAACGGGAGCAGUUUGACUGUUGUGGGGAGGAACGUGCUGUCGUUGAAGGUGAGGGAAAUGCCUAUCGUCGGCGGAACUGGUGUGUUUCGGAUGGCCCGAGGUUAUGCUCAGACCAGCACUUACUUGUCGGACCUGAAGAAUGGACUCCUCGUUGUUGUGUAUGAUUUCUUUGUGUACCACUAUUGACGGUUUAAAAACCUUGUGUUUUUGUUUUCUGGUUUUUGUGAGAAAGCUA